CCGGACUGACGGUGCGUCUCUCUGCACCGGAGCUGCACCGGAUCUUCACCGGAGCUCCAGCGGCCCCGCUGCGUCACGGAGCCCCGUUCUCCUGCUGCUCUCCCAGGCCUGACGAGCCGCUGACCGCACCGGUCCUCAGGAUGAGUCCGGCACCGAGCCGCGGAUAAGGGACCCGGGGACAGGGGAGCAUCUUCCCGGUUGGAGGAGACUGACGCACCGUGUUUUUAAUCUGUUUCUACAAUGUCACCACCGAGGAGACGCGGCUGAGGCUCCCGCUCCGGUGCCCGCUGCCCGGUCCCUGUCAGCUCCUCCUGCCGGUGCGGCUAACGCGAGAUCCGGGAUGAGCGGAACCGGACCUUCCCGUCUCAUCUGACCGGGGUGUGUGGGGGCGAGGGCGGGUUCUCUUCGGAUGAGAACCGGUCCCCGGGCCGGAGCGGAGGAGGAGCAGCGGCAGCAGCAGCCACCGGAACCCGCAGUGACCACCUGCUCCCCGGGGGGAGAGAAGCAGCGAGGCGGCCUGAGGACGAUGUGAAGAUGGGCUCAGUGGUCCGGCUCCUGUGGCUCAUCACCGGCUUCUUCCCCGGCUUCCUCCCCGGCUUCCUCCCCGGCGGACACGGCCAGGGCGUGUACGCGCCCCCCACAGUGCGGAUCGUGCACUCAGGUCAGGCCUGUAACGUGGAGGAGGAGCGCUACAGCGAGAGAGUUUUCACCAUCAGAGAGGGAAAGACUCUGGAGCUGCAGUGUUUGGUGACAGGACACCCCCGACCUCAGAUUCGCUGGACUAAGACAGCGGGCGGAGCCUCGGAGCGCCAGGGCGACGCCUCCCUGCACAACGAGACUCUGAGGAUAGAAACCAUCAGCCGCCACCAGGGGGGGCGCUACUACUGCAAGGCUGAGAACGGACUGGGGUCACCGGCCAUCCGCUCCGUCCGGGUCGACGUCUACUACCUGGACGACCCGGUGAUCACCGUCCAUCAGAGUGUCGGCGAGGCGAAGGAGCAGUUCUACUUCGAGAGGACGGUGUUUCUACGCUGCGUCGCCAACUCCAACCCCCCCGUCCACUACACCUGGAGGAGGGGCCGCAGCGUGCUGACGCAGGGCUCGGACUCCGGGGUGGAGAUCUACGAACCCUUCUUCACACAGGGAGAGACAAAGAUCUUGAAGUUGAAGAAUCUUCGUCCUCAGGACUACGCCGACUACACCUGCAUCUCCUCCAUCAGGAGCGUCUGUGACAUCGGAGACAAGAGCGCCCUCUUCAGUCUGAACAACAGAACAGCUCCUCCCUCCAUUAAACUGCUCCUGGACGACCCCCUGGUGGUGAACCUGGGGGAGAACAUCACUCUUGUGUGCAUGGCUUCAGGUGGAGACCCUCCCCCCACCUUAACCUGGGUGAAGCCCGGAGGGGAGGAGCUCCCGAAGAGGGGCGUGGUCAAUGGAGGAACCCUGACCAUCCCCGCCAUCACUGUUGAAGACGGCGGCGCCUACAGCUGCGUGGCGUCCAACAACGUGGGAAGCCCCGCCAAGAAGUCCACCACCAUCCUGGUCAGAGGCCUUCGUAAAGGUCGGUUCUGGAUCACGCCGGACCCGUACCACAACGACGACAACAUCCAGAUCGGCCGGGAGGUGAAGAUCAGCUGCCAGGUGGAGGCCACGCCCCCGGAGGAGCUGCAGUUCAGCUGGCUGAAGAACGGCCGGCCGCUGAGGAGCUCGGAGAGGAUGGUCAUCACUCACACCGACACCGACGUGUCCAUGGGCACCACCAACCUGGACAUCAUCGACCUCAAGUUCACCGACUUCGGCACCUACACCUGCGUGGCGUCGCUGAGGAACGGAGGAACCCCCGAGAUCAGCAUCGACGUCAACAUCUCCUCCACCACAGUUCCUCCAGAGCUGACCGUGCCCAGGGGGCGCUCGAACCUCAUCGCCCAGGAAGGAGACACAGUGGACCUGCAGUGUCUGGUCUCAGGGAAACCCAAACCCAUCAUCCUGUGGUCGCGCGUGGAGGAGAGCGGGGGGGCGGCGGCGGCUCUGAUGCCGGACGGCUCGACUCAGACGGAGAGCUACGACGGCGUCCUGAGGAUCAGCAACGUGACGAGGGACAUGAGCGGGACCUGGAGCUGCAGGACCAGCCAGUACAACGGGUUCAACGUGAAGCCCAGAGAGGCCCUGAUCCAGCUGGUGGUGCAGUUCGCCCCGGUGGUGGAGCCGGUGCACACGGAGGUCCGGCAGGCUCUGGGUCGGGCCUUCAGCCUGGACUGCCGCCUGCUGCGGGCCCACCCCGCCCGCCUGCUGCGGUACGAGUGGAAGCUGGGCUCCCGCCUGCUGACCGUGGGUCAGCUCAGUGACCAGAGCGACGACACCAGCUACCACGUCCGCGCCCUGAACCGCGAGGGCUACGGCGAGUACACCUGUGACAUCACCAACGAGGCGGGGGCGGGCCGCUGCACCUUCCUGGUCACAGGGAAGGCCUAUGUCCCCGAGUUCUACUACGACACCUUCAGCGCCCUGUGGCAGAACCAGCCCCAGGUCUACGGCUUCAAGCUGCAGUGGACUCAGAUGGAGCCGGACGCUGUGGACCGGAUCCUGGCCUACAGGCUGGGCCUCAGACAGAUCGGUCAGUCCCGCUGGUGGGAGCAGGAGAUUCCCAUGGAGGGAACCAUCCAGCAGGGGGAGCUCCUGACCUACAACCUGACAAAACUCAUCAAACCGGAGUCCUUCCUGGUCCGCCUCACCCCCAUCACCCGCUACGGAGAGGGAGACUCCACCGAACGCAUCAUCACAUACAGUGCUCCUGUGAAUCCACAUCUCAGGGAGUUCCAGUGUGGCUUCGAGGACGAGGCGUUGUGUUUGUUCUCUCAGGACAAAACCGAUGAGUUUGAUUGGACGCGUCACAGCGCCGCCUCACGAGACACCAAAUACACCCCCAACACCGGGCCGAGCUCCGACCACACCGGCUCCAAGCAGGGUUUCUACAUGUACAUCGAGACGUCCAGGCCGAGGCUGGACGGAGACAAAGCUCGGCUGCUGUCUCCGACCUUCAACACCAACUCCAAGAGCUCCGCCUCCGCCGCCGCCGCCAGCAGCACCCCCGCCUACUGCCUCGCCUUCUUCUACCACAUGUUCGGGAAGCACAUAGGAGCUCUGAACGUCUUCCUGCGGCAGAAAGGACAGACGGAGACGGACACCUCCGUCUGGACUCUGACCGGGAACCAAGGAGACCGCUGGAGACAAGCCAAGGUCAACCUCCACCCAACCACAGCCUUCCAGGUCCUGAUGGAGGGGGUGCGAGGCUCCGGCAUCGAGGGAGACAUCGCCAUCGAUGAUGUCACCAUCGAGGAGGGCGAGUGUAAAGACCCCCCCCCCAACAAUCUGAGGUCGCUGGCCCCGCCCCCUUCACCCCAUAUAUGGCAGCUGUGCAGCACCCUGAGUCUGGUUCUGAUUGGCCAGCAGAGGUGACCCCCCCCCCCCCCCCAACAGAGCACCACCCCUCUGUGCGACACCACAACCUUUAACCCCCCCCCCCCCCCAAAAUCUGAGCUGAUUCUGAGUCAGUGACAAGUGUUAAAGUGACAGUGGUGUGCGUGUGCGUGUGCGUGUGUGUGUGUGCGUGUGUGUGUGUGUGUGUGUGUGUGUGUGCGUGUAUGGAAAGUUUCCUCAGACACUUCUGGGUUAUGUCACUAGGAGGCGCAGCUCCUCUACUAGAGACUCAGUGGUAAACCUCCAGCCCCCCCCCCCCCCCUCCAUUGCCCCCCCACAGAUCAGCAGUACUGUACCGUUAGCUGGACAAACCUCUCUCUCUCUUUGUGGUAAAUAAGGAAGCCGACCUGUGUGUGUGUGCGAGGACACACUUCACCUCGGCCGUGACAUCAAGUGCCUUCAGACUCAGACGUCAGUGUCCCGCGGUCGGGGGGGCAGACGUGUCUCCUGGUCUGAAUAUGCAGAGAAUCAGUUUCUCACUUUGAGUUUUUUGGGUGAAGAGAUGUUUUUAAUGACGAGAGGAUUCUGGCGCUAAGAAGCUGCAGCGACGGAGAAGCCAUGAAACAACAGACUGAUCAAUUCAAUGAUCAACAAACAAUCUGUUGUGACUGGAAUUUAUGAAUAUGAUAUUUAUGAAUAAAGGACUUCCUGUGGGACGACUUCAGCCCGAAGCCGACGGCCGUCUAGGAACUAUUUUAAUAUUUCAAGUUUCCAGGAGGUGGCGUUCACCUGCAGAAACAUGUGGAGCUUUUAAAAAACAUUGUAAAGUAAAAUCAAAUCUUAUAUUGUUCGUAUGAUAUUAUAAAGACAGAAAGGAAAUCGUUCCUUUGUUCAUGUUUGAAUCAGAUCGUUGGUUUCUGCUUUUCAUCUUCUGGUUCUUCUUCCAGUAAAAGUGUGAAAACAACACAAAGAAAACUCAGCGACUGGAUUAACAUAAAACAUUUCUGUGAAAACUCAAGUGGAUCCUUUGAAUCAAAGCACAACAGACAUCAUGGUUCAUUUCUGUUCACAGGAGAAAACUGACUUCACCAGGCAUCAAGCAAAAAGCCAUAAAUUCACCCACAUGACAGAUUAAUGGGAUUAUAAUAAAAUACUUUUUAACAUUAACAUUUGAAGUCAUAUUUGAAGAUAAAGGGUUAUAAUAUUAAUGAUGUCCCUUAGUUACAACUUUAAAAACGUCAUUUUGAUCUGAAAGGAAUUUUAGAUUACUACGAUGUAAACUGAAUAACUUUGAUUUAGACUAAGAAGUUUUUUUGACACAAAGUCUUAAUAAUGAUUCAAAAGUAUUUUUCUGUUUAUAUUUCUGGGCAGAAAUGAGCUUCCAUACUUCAGCUCACACAUGAAGCUGCCUUUAGAUUCACGUGGUUUCACCACAUUUGACAAAAUAUCAUUGAAGCUUGAACGUAAAUUUAAAGACGGUGGGUGAGGAGACUCAUCGAAUAUUAAGUCUUUAUAAAUGUGAUGGCUUUUAUUGGAGAGGUUUGUGUCACAUGAUUAAUAAACCGAUCAGAGGAUCCAGAGAAUUAUCUUUUCUUCUUUUUAUCGUUCAUUUAUUUUUCUCCCUCUGUCACAUUAACUUUAUCUGCAUGUUUUUCUGCUGCAGCUCGUUAAUAAUCAGAUCUAUUUGAACUGGGGUCAGUUAAUGUUAUUAGUUCAUGAUUUCUGUUUGCUGGUUGAUUCCAAUAAACACCAGUCGGUUUAUUUCUUUAUUCUUGCAAAUGUCACGAAAAAUUCCAAUUCUGUGCAGUGGUUUGAAAAACAAGAUAAAAAACAAUUUACAAAUUGACGACAAUUACAGCCUCGAAGAAGAAAACAUGAAAACUGAGAAAUGAGACCCGAUGAGUCAACUUUAUAAUAUACAAUGUGGAAAUCUGAGUCAGAUUCAUAAGCAUGAAAAAGUCCAUUCUUCACUCGCUAUGGCUCAGAAUCUAGAUUUAAUAUUAUUUCAACUUUUUAUUUACAUUUAGUUUCAGUGUUUGUUCUUCUCCCAACGAAUGUGUAAAAGAAAGACCACAACACAAAUCAUUUCUUAAUUCAUUAAUUAUGACUAUUUAAGAAAAAUUAAAUGCAUUAAUAUAACAUCCAAAUACAUGAGAACAAGCAAAUUCAAACAGCACCACAGUUAAAUAAAGUCUAAUCUAUAAAAUAAAUAAAAUACAGUAAAACUCCUCAAAUACAAUUAAAUGAGAUGAAUUGAUGAGAAACCGACAUUAGACAAAAAUCUUUGAAACGUUCAUUUAAAAACUUGAUUAAAGAAAAGUUUUCACUUAUUGUGGAAGAGUUUUCAUGUUUUGAAUCGUUCAGCGACGUCUUGUCCUUUUUGUUAUGAAUCAUAUUUUCCUUCAGUGAAAACACGUCCUCCUGGUUCCUGAGGCAAUAAAAGAAAUCACAGUUUCAACCUGAAGAGAAAUAUUUUGUAAUAACUGUGAAUAUUCUCUGCAAUAGAUUCAGAAGGUUACACUGCAUUCUGUAUUAUUAUUAUUAUUAUUGUUAUUGUUAAUAAAUUCCCUCCAAAUUUAA